AUGGUUUCCGCGACAAAAUUUUUUUGUCGUAACCGUUUUACUGUGGUUGGCUUAAUUUGGAAGAUUGGUCCAUUCUACCCCAAUAUUCUCGCUGAAGUUCCCCUCUGGGUAGCACUGUACCUGCGUCAACAACAGAAAUGCCGAAUUGUUCCUCCGCCUUGGUUAUCGGUAGAAGGCUUAACAGAAUUCAAAGAGGCUGAAGACAUGGAGGCCGGAUGUACGGCUCCACCUCACCCACAUUACACGGAACUAGCUACUUUGUUACUUCAACACGCACCUUCCGAUCUAGCAAAUCAUGAACAGGUGCGGACGCUGGUGAAGGAUUUGUGGGACGCCCGAGUGGGCAAAUUCGUUGCAUCAGUGAACAGUUUCCUUCUUAGUGGAGCCUCAACGGCUCGCGUGUCUCAACUUACACCUCUUGAGCUAGCCACGGCUCGAAAUCUUCUGACGAAUUGCCUCGAUCAGUUGGCAGUUAUACGCGCUGUAAAGGGAAGGGCUGCAGUGUUCGCUGGCCUGUCAUCAAAUAGCAUGUCUAUGACAGAUGUCUGA